GCCGGGCCCUGCCGCCUCGGCAUCGCUCUCAUUCCUGCCGGCACACGGUGAGCAGCAGCACAGCUCGGCUCGGAUCCCCCGACUUACAGACAGGGAGAGAUGGCAGGUAGCAUUUUCUCCCCACUGGGGAGCUGCUCGGAGCUGGAGAAGGCCAACUGCCACCCGCUGGUGUGCCUGCUCUGCCACGAGCCCUACCAGCACCCCUGCCUGCUCGACUGCUACCACAACUUCUGUGCCAGCUGCCUGCGAGGCCGUGCCAGCGACGGCCGCCUGCGAUGCCCCCUCUGCGGGCACCCCUCAGUGGUGAGGGGAGGCACGGGGCUGCCCCCCGUGGACCGGCUCCUGCAGUUCCUGGUGGACAGCUCAGCCGACAGCGAGGAGGAUGUGCAGUGCGCCAACUGUGACCGGUGCUGCACCAAGGCGGAGCUGGACACCAUGUACUUCUGCAACACCUGUGGGCAGCCCCUCUGUGCCCCAUGCCGCGAGGAGACCCACCGUGCCAGGAUGUUUGCCCGCCACGAGAUCGUCUCCCUCUCCAAGCGCACCAAAGACAUCCACAAGAAGUGCCCACUGCACGAGGAGCCCUACAUCAUGUUCUCCACCGAGAAGAAGUCCAUGCUCUGCAUCAACUGCUUCAGGGAUAUGCAAGGGGAGAGCCGGGCACACUGCAUCGACAUUGAGACGGCGUACAUGCAGGGCUGCCAGCGGCUGGACCAGGCAGUGAUGGCUGUGAAGGAACUGCAGACCUCCACGCGCGAGGCCAUUGUCCUGCUCAAGGCCAUGAUCGAGGAGGUUCGCAACAGUGCCAGCGAGGAGGAGGCGGCCAUCAACUCCCUCUUCAGCCGCAUGCAGGAGCAGCUCUCCGAGAGGAAAAAGACGCUCCUGAAAGCUGUGCAGAGCCAGCACGAGGAAAAGGAGAAGGCAUUCAAGGAGCAGCUGGCCCACCUUGCCUCCCUGCUGCCCACUCUGCAGGUCCACCUGGUGACCUGCUCGGCGUUCCUGAGCUCUGCCAACAAAGCCGAGUUCCUGGACCUGGGCUAUCAACUGAUGGAGAGGCUGCAAAGGAUCGUCAAGCUGCCACACCGCCUGCGGCCGGCCCAGACCAGCAAGAUCAACAGCGAGUAUCAGGCAGAGUUCGCCCGCUGCCUGGAGCCCCUCCUGAUGCUCAGCCCCCGCCGCUCCAUGGUGGGCAGCGCUGGUGGCAUCGGUCCUGGCAUCACUGGCACAAACAUGCUCCCCGGUGGCCAAUGCUCCAAGACCCUCAUGGUGCCCAGCUGCCCCCCCACCAGUGACAAAAUGUCCACAGGCCCCAUGAUGAAGAAGCCAACGAUGCACCGGUACAUCAGCACCAAGGUGCUGCUGGCCGAGGGGCGUGAGACCCCCUUCGCCGAGCACUGCCGCAACUACGAGAACACCUACCGGAUGCUGCAGACUGAAAUCCAGGGCCUGAAGGACCAGGUGCAGGAGCUGCACCGUGACCUCACCAAGCACCACUCACUCAUCAAGUCGGAGAUCAUGAGCGAGAUCCUGCAGAAGUCGCUGCAGAUGGACGUGCAGAUCGCAGCUCACUACUCCGCCGUGGAGAUGAUGCGCAGCGUCUUCGAGGAGGUUUGGGAGGAGACCUACCAGCGGGUAGCAAAUGAGCAGGAGAUCUAUGAAGCCCAGCUCCAUGACCUGCUGCAGCUGCGGCAGGAGAACAGCUGCCUGAGCACCAUCACCAAGCAGAUCGCGCCCUACGUCCGCUCCAUCGCCAAAGUGAAGGAGCGGCUGGAGCCCAGGCUGCAGGAGCCCCAGGAGCCCAAAGAAGAACAGGCCCAGAUGCUGCUCAAGAUCUGUGACAACAAUGAAGUGGAGCCAAGGGAUGCCUCACCUGGCAGCAACAAGGGGGCUUCAGCCAGCCCCAGGGAGGGCUUCAUGCCAAAGGACACUUCUGGAGACCCUUCCCCAAAAAGCAAAGACUGCUGCAGAGGCCAGCAGAAGAGCGGAGCAGAGAGUGCUACCCCGAAAGAGCUGGUACCCUAGAGCCUUGUGCUGGGCAUGUGGUAGAGCCGCUGGGCAGAGCUGUGCCCCGGUCACUGACCAGCUCCUCUUGCCCAGUGCCACAAGCCAGGGUAGGAAACAGCCCAGGCAGCCAUGUCUGCAGCACAUACAAAGGCCUCAGGUGGACUUUCUUCUGAAAAACUGUUUGUGCUCUCCUUUGCAUGUGUCAGAGUGAAAUAAAAGG